UGAGUUGGGCUAGGGUUUUAGAAAACGUCAAUACCCUCAUCGAAGUAAAGAACAGUCGCAGUCUCAGUCGACUCAGUCUGAGUGUCGCAGAGAAGGAAGGAAGGUUUCAGUAGCUCUCCGUCAUUACCUUUUAGGGUUAUAGAGAAAACUGAAGAAAGAUGAAGACUAUCAGGACGACGGAGUCGAUGGACAUCCCUGAGGGGGUGAAAAUCAAGGUGAAGGCGAAGCAGAUCGAAGUAGAGGGUCCCCGUGGCAAGCUCGCCAAGAACUUCAAGCACCUGAAUCUCGACUUCCAUCUUAUUAAAGAUGAUGAAGGGAAGCAGAAGCUUCAGGUCGAGGCUUGGUUCGGUUCAAGAAAGACCACCGCCGCAAUCCGUACAGCCCUCACCCACGUUCGCAACCUCAUCACCGGCGUCACUAAGGGUUACUGCUAUAAGAUGCGAUUCGUCUAUGCCCAUUUUCCCAUCAAUGCCAGUAUCACCAAUUCCAAUCGGAGCAUCGAGAUCCGAAAUUUCCUCGGAGAGAAGAAGGUCAGGAAAGUGGAUAUGCUUGACGGUGUGACUGUUAUCCGAUCAGAGAAGGUUAAGGAUGAACUCAUCCUGGAUGGGAAUGAUAUUGAACUGGUGUCUAGAUCAGCAGCCUUGAUUAAUCAGAAAUGCCUAGUGAAGAACAAGGACAUAAGGAAAUUUCUUGAUGGUAUAUAUGUCAGUGAGAAGGGAACAAUGGUUGACAAUCAAUGAUUAGGCAGGGGACUAGCUUAAAAACUCUUGGGAGUUUUCUCAGUUAAACUUUUGAACAGGCAUAGCUGGAUAAUUUUGUUUUUUGAUUCGAGGGUGAAAGUGUUCACAAUUUUGAUCUUUUUUGAAAAUUUUUCUGUAUGAGGCCCUAAGAAUUGUUACAGAAGGUAUUUGAGAAAUUAAUAAUUUUCCUUUCUUUUGCUCA